AACACCAACUGAGUUCCGAACAUCAAUUAAAAAAGGAUAUUAUCAAGAAAGAUAGACAGUUUAAAGGAUAACCAGAAUAGUAGGCUUUUCAGACUUGAUAUAUUACUCUGAAGAGAUCCUCUGAUUGAACUGAAGGGAUAUUUCAACUUCCAGCAGAAUGACCGACCAAACGGCGACAGAAGAGCAGUUCAUUCGAGAAUUACAUUGGUGUAUUGAACAACUUCAUCUUGGACUGGAAACACAGAAUCCGGAUUCCAAACAAGCUCGAGAAGCACAGAAGGUACUUAAGAUUCUCUGUAGUGACAAGGCUGCAGUGAUCAAGAAGAGACAGGCCAUGAGGAAUACGUUUGGUGACUACCGACAGAAGAUGCUCAAUGCAGAGAAAAAAAGUGCCGCAACAUUAAAGAAAACAAAGAUGACACCUAAAGCUGACAGCAGUAGUUCUGUCUUCUACAAGAAAAGUGCUAGCACCCAGUACAAUAGACAAUCAGGUGAUGAACCAUCAUCUAUGGGAGAUAACUGUGAAGAAAUGGGGGACAACUCUAUGAAAAGUAUUGAAGACGAUGUAUCUGAAAGACUUGGAAAUUUCACUUUCGUCAAAUCGGAUGAAAAUUUUACAUUUGGUUUUCAAUCGCCAGAAAAAUCAUCUGUGAAUGAUUUGGACACUGAAAACAGUAAGAAAGACAGUGCGAUUGGUAGUCAAUGUGGAUCAUUAGCAGCCGAAACUUUUGUUCUGCAGAAAACGGACAAUUCUUUCAGAUUUAAUUUUGCAGGUCCCUCAUGAAGAUGAAGCUUUUUUCAUUGAGACUUGUUUCAUCGGUUAUGUAAACUGUCAUUCUAUACCGUGUAAUGUCCGAGGACUUACAAACCCAGCUUCAUCUCUCGCUAAAUGUUGGUGUUUGGAUAGUUUCCACAACUUAACAAACAUAACACUACUAAGCUUGUGUAAAAUAUUGAUGAAUAAAUUCUAAGUGAGAUUACAA